UAAUGGAAGAGUUAAGAAAAUCAAUUAUCAAAUAAGAAGAAGAGAAGAUGAAUAAUAAAUUAACAUUAUUGGAAUAAUCAGUUGGAUAUCCAUUAAAUGAAUAUAUGAACUAAGAGUUUAUUAACAAAAUUCCAGAAGAUAGUUUUUUAUGGUAUAUUUUCUGAUAUUAGAUCUUAAAGGCAAGUUCUUUCCAAUAAGUAUUUAGUUAUGAAAGGAGAAAAACCAUCAAAACAAGAUAUUAGAGAACAUAAAUUAUAUGAA